AUGAGUCUUCAUCAGAAACGCUCCAGGUUCAGCAUAUCUCGCGAGAAUGUUCGUCGUUCUGAAGCAGACACAACUGAUUUUGUUGAGCGAUUUGUAACUAAAGACGAGUCUUGGGUUCACCACUAUCUGCCAGAACCUACAACAGCGGAAACGUCUAACGUCUCCUCUUCCGGGGCAGGAGGUCUGUUCCAUCAGGAGGCAAAGUCUGUUCAAUCGGGAAGCAAAGUCUGUUCCAUCAGGGGGCAACGUCUGUUCCAUCAGGAGGCAAAGUCUGUUCCAUCAGGAGGCAAAGUCUGUUCCAUCAGGAAGCAAAGUCUGUUCCAUCAGGGGGCAAAGUCUGUUCCAUCAGGAGGCAAACCUUCUAAAGCACACCCCAACACGCCACAACCCCCACCCCAACAUUCUAAAGCACACCCCAACACGCCACAACCCCCACCCCAACAUUCUAAGGCACACCCCAACACGCCACAACCCCCACCCCAACAUUCUAAGGCACAUCCCAACACGCCACAACCCCCACCCCAACAUUCUAAGGCACAUCCCAACACGCCACAACCCCCACCCCAACAUUCUAAAGCACACCCCAACACGCCACAACCCCCACCCCAACAUUCUAAGGCACAUCCCAACACGCCACAACCCCCACCCCAACAUUCUAAGGCACAUCCCAACACGCCACAACCCCCACCCCAACAUUCUAAGGCACAUCCCAACACGCCACAACCCCCACCCCAACAUUCUAAGGCACAUCCCAACACGCCACAACCCCCACCCCAACAUUCUAAGGCACACCCCAACACCCCACAACCCCCACCCCAACAUUCUAAGGCACAUCCCAACACGCCACAACCCCCACCCCAACAUUCUAAGGCACAUCCCAACACGCCACAACCCCCACCCCAACAUUCUAAGGCACACCCCAACACCCCACAACCCCCACCCCAACAUUCUAAGGCACAUCCCAACACGCCACAACCCCCACCCCAACAUUCUAAGGCACAUCCCAACACGCCACAACCCCCACCCCAACAUUCUAAAGCACACCCCAACACGCCACAACCCCCACCCCAACAUUCUAAGGCACACCCCAACACGCCACAACCCCCACCCCAACAUUCUAAGGCACACCCCAACACGCCACAACCCCCACCCCAACAUUCUAAGGCACACCCCAACACGCCACAACCCCGACCCCAACAUUCUAAGGCACACCCCAACACGCCACAACCCCCACCCCAACAUUCUAAGGCACAUCCCAACACGCCACAACCCCCACCCCAACAUUCUAAGGCACAUCCCAACACGCCACAACCCCCACCCCAACAUUCUAAGGCACAUCCCAACACGCCACAACCCCCACCCCAACAUUCUAAAGCCCACCCCAACACGCCACAACCCCCACCCCAACAUUCUAAGGCACAUCCCAACACGCCAUGGUACACCACAGCCUUCUAA